AUGUCAUCAGUUGAGGAACUACAACAAGAUCAACUACAACAAAAAGAACAACAAAUAGAAGAACAAAUAGAAGAACAAAUAGAGGAAGAAAAAGAACAACAAGAGGAAAUAAAAGAAGGGUCGAUAUCGAUAAAAGACGAUGUUGUAAUGACAGUACCCAUAAUAGAGAACCAUUUAAAUAAUAAUAAUAGUAAUAAUAAAAUAAAUAAUAAUAGUGUUGGUGGUAAUAAUAAUAUUAAUAAUAAUAAUAGCACUAAGAGCAAUAGCAGCAAUAAAACAAUGACAUCAAAUGUUGCAUCAAUGGCAGUAUCAGCAAAAUCAACAACAACAACAACAACAACAACAACAACAUCAUCACCAGUGAAAUCCAAUAGUUUGAAUAGAUCAGGUGAGAUAUCAACAAAAAAAGCAUCGACCCCAACUAAAUCAUCUCCAUUGUCAAGCGGCAAUGACAUUAAAAAAUCGGGUGAAUUAAAAAUGAGACCUUCACCAGCAUUAGAAUAUAAAAGAUCAUCCUCUUCAUCAAGUUUACCAAUUUCAUCAACAACAACAACAACUAGUAGUAGUAGUAGUAGUGGCGGUGUUUCAAAGAGAGCAUCAGUAAACUUAUCAUCAACAUUUAAUGGUAGCAGUUCAAAUAUUGCAAGACCAUCAUCUUCAUCAGCAAUACAAUCACCAACUAUAAAUAAAACUAAAUCACUCACUGGUUCCAGUGGUAGUAGUAGUAGUGGCAGUGGAUCACCAUCAAGAUCAAAUACACCAGUUAAUAGCACUAUCAAACAAACAUCAACCACACCAACUUCAUCACCAAGAGUAAAAACCACUUCUACUGUAUCAUCAUCAUCAUCAUCAUCAACUACAACUACAUCUAGAUUAGGUUCAACAACAACAACAACAUCAUCAACAACAGUAACAUCAUCACCAUCAAGAGUAGCUUCAACAUCAAGUUUAACACCACAAAAAUCAUUAACACCAAAUAGAUUAUCUGGUACAUUUCCAAGAACAACCACAUCAUCAUCAACACCAACAUCUUCACCAUUAAGAUCGACAUCAUCAACAACAACUACAUCAUCAUCUACACCAAAUAGACUUUCAAGUACAAUUAAUAAAGUUGUAUCAUCGUCACCAUCAUCAACAUCAUCAUCAUCAUCUUCACCAACUAGAUCAGCAACACCACUUCCACCAACUAGUACAUCAAAAUUGUCGUCAACGACAUCAUCAUCAUCAUCAUCAUCAUCUACCCCUAAUAAAACACCACUUUCAACAAGAUCAACAUCAACACCAUCAUUAAGAACACCAGUUACAAAUACAACACCAAGUAAAUCACAUUCAUCAUUUAGUACUCCAACAUCAUCACCAUCUAUGAAAUCAUCACCAGGUAAAGAGAUGUUGGAAUUUUGGAAGAAGAAAGAGACAGAAGCCUCACCAAAGAGUUCUCCAUCAAGAUCAUUAACAUCUUCACCAUCAACUUCUUCACCAAGAAUAUCUUCAACCACUAGACCAGUGUCAAUGACACUUAAAUCACCUCUUGGUAGUAUAAGUAGUAGUCCAAGUAGUAGUGGGGUUAAAAAAACUACUACUACAACAACAACACCAUCAUCACCACUUCCAAAUAUUAAAUCAAGUUUAACAAAUGGUAAUACACCAACUAAACCAACAUCAACAACAUCAACAUCAACAACAACAACAUCAACAACAUUAUCUUCACCAAAAUCUAUAAGAAGAUUAAGUACUCCAAUACUUUCAAAUAAUUCAACACCAAAUAAAGAUUCAUUAACCAAACCAAAAUCAACAUCUGGAUUCUCAACAUCAACCAAAUCAUCACCUGUAUCAUCUAUUAAAAAACCAACAAAUCCAAAUCCAACUCAACAAUUUGUUUCACCAAGUAAAUUAUCAAUUAAUGGUUCAGUAUCAAAAUCAUCACCAAUUAAAAUGUCUGAAUUAAAACCUGAAGUUAAACAACAAAAACAACAAGAAAUUAAAAUUGAACAAGUUGAAAUUAAAAAAGAAGAAGAGAUUAAAAAGGUAGAACAAGAGGUUAAAAAAGUUAAAGAACAAGAGAAAACAAUUGAAAUUAUUAAUGAGGAAACAAUGGAUGUUGAAAAAAUGGAGAAUGAAAUUCAAAACCUUGAAAAUCAAAUUAAAGAACUUGAACUACAAGAAAAACAAAAUAAUAAUAAUAAUAAUAAUAAUAAUAAUAAUAAUAAUAAUACUGUUGAAGCUGUAGAAGAACAACAACAACAACAACAACAACAACAACAACAACAACAACAACAACAACAACAACAACAACAACAACAACAACAACAACAACAACAACAAGAUGACCAAAUUAAAAAGGUACAAAUUGAAAAUCAAGAAGAAGUUGCACCAUCAUCAUCUGAUAUUACAAAUGUACCAACUGAUGGUAUUUUCUUUAGUACUGAACAAAAGACAGAUGAUUCAUCAAAAACUCAAUCAUCAGAUUCAUCAAAUACAGAUUCAUCAGAUUCAUCAAAUACAGAUAAACAAGAAUCAACAAAUUCAUCACAAUCAACAUCUAUUAUCAAUACAUUAUUAAAUCAUAAAAAAGAUAACGAGGAUGAUGACGAUGACGAUGAAGAUGAAAAUAAGAAGCCAUUAAAUAAAAUAACAGAAAAAGUUGAUGAUAAAGAACAAGAGAAUAAAAAUAAUAAUGAAGAAACAAAAGAAGAGGAAGAAGAAGAAAAAAUUAAACAACAAGUAACCAAACAAGAAGAAAUUAAAGAAGGAAUUAAAGAAGUUAAAGAAGAAAUUAAAGAAGUUAAAGAAGAAGUUAAAGAAGAAGUUAAAGAGGAAAUUAAAGAAGUUAAAGAAGAAGAAGAUGAUGAUAAAAAACGUAAAUUUGAAAAAGUUGAAGAUUUAAUAACCUCUGGCAAAGUUGAAGAGCCUGUUAAGAAGUUAUUUGUUCCUCCACAUUUCAUUACAUCACUAUCAUCACCAUCUUUAAAUUCAACUUCACCAACUAUUUUAGAAUCCAAUAAUAAUAAUAAUAAUAAUAAUAAUAAUAAUAAUAAUAAUAAUAAUAAUAAUAAUAAUAAUAAUAAUAUACCAUCAACAACGACUAUAGUAUCAGAAAAUACGUCAUCCUCUGUGGCAAAUACAACCACAACAACCACAACAACCACAACAACAACUAUACCAAUAACAGUUACAACAACACCAACAACUACACCAGUUCAAUCAUUACAUUCUUCAUUAUUAUUACCAGUACCAAAUUCAAUUACUUCAACAACUUCAACACCAACAACUCCAACUACAUCACCAUCACCUGUAUUUAAUAAACCAAUUUUACCACCAAGAGACUUAAAAGAAGAUACCAAAAAGAUUUGGUUAAGAGCAUUUUCAACUCUUCCAGUUGGAAUGGAUUUACCAAGAUUAGCAUCAUGUAUUUCAGUUUUCGAUGCAAGAUCAUCAUCAUCAUCUGAAUCACCAACUAAAGAUUUAGCACAAAGAGAUAGUCCAAAGAAACAAGUCAUUGACGUUUUAUUAGGUCUUUUACAAUUAUUCCCAGUUUCAGAUGAUAAUACUACAAGUAAAAUUAGAAACUCUGAACAAUUGAUUGAAACAUACACAACCAUUGGUGAACCACUACCAUUUUCAAAAUCAUUAUUGGAGAAUUUCGGUGAACAGUCACCAAUUCUUCAAGCUUUGAAAGCUUGCAAUCAAUCAAUUAUCGCACCAUCUGUUAUCGAAUUGAAACUUGGUAUCUGUCAAAGAUUAAUGUUCAAAGAUGCAGGUGGUUGGGAAAUUAGCAUAAAGGCCAUCGAUAAUGAUACCGUCAUCAUAUCACAUGUAAAGAAACAACAACAUAUGGAUCCACGUAAAGAAGAAGAAUACUUUGAAUUCCUUUGGGAGUUGGAAUUAAUAUUCAAUGGAGAUUUAUCAAAAUUAAAUAAUGUAACACUAUCAAUAUUAGAAUUAAAAUUCGGUGAAAAAACAAGACAAGAUAAAAAAGAUGAAUAUUUAUUAUUAUUUAAUGAUCAUUUAAAAAAUAAUAAAAUAAAUAAAUUAAAUAAUUAA